GGCCAGCUCCUCCUGUCACAGCCCAGCUGGGAACCGACGGCGCCGCAGCAACAGCAGCAGCAGCGCUUGAGCUGGUGCAAGCGCGCGCAGGGAGGCGACCCCCAAGCCCUAGGAUCUCCCCCAGCGCCGCCACCCAUCCCGGGUUCCCCCUUGGCCGUGCCGCCAGAAGGAGGCGGGAAGCUCCCGGGCGCCGCAGAAGAAGCGGCCGCAGCGUCGGCUGAAAGGGAGAGCGAGCGAGCGAGCCAUGGCUAGGGCGGCGGGAUGCGCCGUCGCUGCGCGCUGCUUGCUGGCGCCGUUGCUCUUGCUGGCUUCUUGCCUGGGGCCUGGAGGCGCAGCCAACACCCAGGGGAUGGGGGCAGCCCUUGGCCCGGCACUCGGGACUCCCCAAGUGGCCAUGUUCUGUGGGAAGCUGGUCCUGCAUCUCAAUGUACAGACAGGGCGCUGGGAGCCUGACGCCUUCGGCACCAACACCUGCUUCCACACCAGUGAGGAGAUCCGGAGCUACUGCCAGGAGGUGUACCCCGAGUUGCAGAUCACCAAUGCCGUGGAGGGCACCCAGCCUGUCACGAUCGACAACUGGUGCAAGAAGGGGAGGCCCAAAUGCAAAGGCCACCAGCAUAUCGUGGUGCCCUAUCAGUGUCUGGUGGGUGAAUUUGUGAGCGAAGCUCUCCUCGUGCCCGACAAGUGCAAAUUCCUGCACCAAGAAAAAAUGGAUUCGUGCGAGACCUACUUAUACUGGCACAGCGUGGCCAAAGAGGCCUGCAGCGGUGAGGAGUUGGAGCUUCACAGCUAUGGCAUGCUGUUGCCCUGUGGGGCAGACCGCUUCCGUGGGGUCGAAUAUGUGUGCUGCCCUGCACGCCCCACAGCUCUCAGGCUGGAACAAGCCACUGAGGCACCCCAGAUCCUUGCCCAUCUGAGAGAGGAGGCCCUGCACAGCAACAAGGUUCCGACAGGACGCAUCCCAACAGAGGAAGAGAGCCUGGAAAUGGAGGAGGAAGGGGACCUGGAUGAAGAUGAAGAGGUGGAGGAGGACGAGGACGACGAGGAGGAGAGCCCUGGAGAUAGUGCCCCUGACCCCGACCCUUUCCCUGCUGCCUGGGAUGACUAUUUUGUGGAGCCGGGUUACUAUGACGACAGCAUCACCCAGACUACCAUCACGACCACCACGCAGACCACCGAAGAGGAUAUCAAAGUGGCCCCCACCCCUCGCCCCACCGACGGAGUGGACGUUUAUUUCGAAAUGCCCGGAGAUGGGAACGAACACGCCAACUUCCUGCGUGCCAAGAUGGACUUGGAGGAACGGCGCAUGAGGCAGAUCAACGAGGUGAUGAAGGAGUGGGCCGAGGCAGACAACCAAGCAAAAAACCUGCCCAAGACUGAUCGUCAGGCACUCAAUGAGCACUUCCAGUCCAUCCUUCAGACGCUGGAGGAGCAGGUGUCUCGAGAGCGACAGCGGCUGGUCGAGACUCAUUUGGCCCGUGUGGUGGCCCUGCUCAACGAUAAUCGAAGGGCAGCACUAGAGAGCUACCUGACCGCUGUGCAGACUGAUAAUCCCCAGCCGGACCGCGUCCUGUUAGCCCUGAAGAGAUACGUGCGGGCAGAGCAGAAGGACCAGCGCCACACCCUCCGACAUUACCAGCACGUGGCAGCUGCUGAUCCGGAGAAGGCUGAGCAAAUGAAGUUCCAGGUCUACACCCACCUGCAUGUCAUUGAAGAACGGAUGAACCAGAGUCUGGCGCUGCUCUACAAGAACCCUCAGCUUGCCCAAGAGCUUCGAGGAGACAUUGAGGAGCUGCUGCGCUCAGAACGGGUGACCACCAACGACCUGCUCACCACCUCCAUCUCAGAGACACGCACCACUGAGGAAUUCCUGCCCAUGGACAGUAGUGAGGACUUGGUUUCUGAGAGCCAUUCGUACCCACGUGAUGGAGAAGAUUCUGAACAAUCGGACAAGAAAGCUUCAGGGCUGGCAGAAUAUGACUAUCCAACCAGUGACAAGGCCUUGCUGUACGAAUAUGAACGUAAGGUCAAUGUGUCCGCCUCAGAUGUCAAAGGCAUGGUGUACAAGUCCCAAGAGAUCCAACGUGACGAGCUGGUAAGUGGCUUUGGAGCCAGCCAGAAACAACCGCACCUCGCCAUCCCACCUGGUCAGGAGCCGGACACCUUGGUAACCAUCAACAGGGGUGCCCUGAUUGGCCUCCUUGUGGUGGCAGUUGCUGUUGCCAUGGUGAUCAUCAUCAGCCUCCUGAUGGUUCGCCGGAAGCCCUACGGGACCAUCAGCCAUGGCAUUGUUGAGGUGGAUCCAAUGGUUAGCCCUGAGGAGCGACAGCUGAACAAGAUGCAAAACCACGGCUACGAGAACCCCACCUACAAAUUCUUCGAAGAGAUGAACUGAGCUUCUCAGUGCUGGGGAAGGGGGAGGCGGGGGACGUGGUGUCACUGGGGGAGGUGGGCGUUGCCAUGUGAGGGGAGGGGGGUGGUAUCUUCAGCGGGGAGAGGGGGAGGUUCCACGAGCACUUCCACACUGAGCCCCCCUUUCUGUACCCUGGCUGAGCCGUGCCCCCUCCCUCCGCCCCUCCCCCACCUCAUUUUUGUUCUUCCAUUGGCCAUAUUCCUCCUCACACAUGCGCGAGUGCUCACACACAUGCAUCCUUCUGAGCCUUAUAGCUCUCGACACUGGCCUGCCACUUGCCGUUUCCCAUCUCUUCUCUCCUCUCUCCACCACCACCAACACUCUCGAUUCUUCAUCAUUUUUUAAGAACCACAGAGAGAGAGAGAUACACACACACCCCACACUUUCAAGCUGCUGGUAUCAGGUGCAGUCUCUGGGUAUCUCAGCUCCUGUCCUCUGAAUACCUCUCCAGCCAUUGCCCAGACUGCUUAUUAAAGCCACACUAUCAUCCUGGGGCACCAAGAACCAACCACACACACACACAACAACAACAACAACAACAACAACAACACAUCCUUAAAAACUCAUGUGUGCACACCACUAACCAACGCUCAACUUGUGUGGGGCUGUCGCAUGCACAUCAUCCUAACCAGGGACAAAUGCCAUUUUGUUUUUAAAAUUACAGCCCGGCCCUGUGUGCCCUCGACAUAACACUGCAUUCCACACACACACCCCAAAAAAAUGCAUCCAUCCAUUGCACUCACUUGCAACUCCAUUUUGCAGGGAUUUUUAUUUUGAAAAACUGAAAGAAAGGAAAACCACACUCAAACAAACCAUGGAACGCCUGUAGUUUACAUGCCAGACAGAGUGCCCCGCACACUCUUAACUGCCCAGUUGCUAACCUAGUCUGCCUCCAGCAUAGGAAACGAGUCCACCUACACUUGCUUGCCUUUUCUGUCUCCACUUGUAUUAUGCUUCCUUUUGAACUCCUCACUAGUUGCACUUAAUUUAUUGGAAAGCCAGCUAAAGAGGGCUAGGCCUGAGUAGGUAAACCCUCUGCUACCCUUGGCCCAGUUAACUUCCAUCAGCACCUUACUGACUAGUUUUGGAGAGGGAAGGGGGAAGUGAGGAUUGAAGGUCUCCUCCCCGCCUCCUAGUCCUCCCUCUCUUUCUCCUCUCCCUGCCCCCCAUCAAAAGAUGUACGGGAUAGGAGGGGCAAAGUUGCUGAAACAGAUAAGAGGGCUGGUCUUUGUCCAUCCUAAAGUUCAGCAAUUGUUUGGUUUUGUUUUUUUCCAAAGGGGGCGGGUCCAUUAUAGGGCUAGGCUAUAUGCCUAUUUUUGUCAUUUGCAGCAAGAUAUUUUUCCUUACAGUAGGACCUUGCCAAUCACGCAAUAGGGUGCUGCCAUCUCGACUUGAUCACCUUCCAAAGCAAUGCAUAUUUUGGGAUGAGCCAUCUCAGCAUCUGAAAAUGAGGGGAAUCAGGGACCGUAGGGGCUCCAUUCUGUUGCCACCUCUGAUGGUGUACACCAGUUGCACUGUAGUGUUUCCCCACCCCCACUACUGGAUAGGCCUUGUCCCGCCUUUUGGACUGUACCAUUUUACCAGCUUUUCUGGGGGUUGCAGUUGGGUGGCCAGCCAAGGGAAUAGACCAUAAAGUUGGCACGUGUCAAAUUGGGACUCUUGAGCUAGAUUAGAAGAAACGAUGCUUUGCCCUGGUUUUGAUUUUGUUUUUGGUCCACCCCACCCCACCCCAAGAUGUAAUGCCUUUGAGGCAUUGGGCUUCCUAACUGUGAAGGGUUAAGUACGUAAGAAAAAGACCUGAUGGAUCAGGUCAGUGACCCAUCUAGUCCAGCACCCUGUUCUCACACUGGCUAACUUGAUGCCUCUGGAAAACCUGUAUGUAAGGCCUGAGCACAACAGUACCUUCUCCUCCUGCAGUUUCCGGUUUUCGGAAGCAUUCGUGUCUUUGACAGGGGAGGCAGAGUAUAGGUACCAUGGCCAGUAUCCAAUGAUCCUAUUGUUGCCAGAUCCUAUUUCACGCUGGGCUCUUGGCCUCCAAAGAUCUUCCUAGGACAGUGGUUCUCAACCUUGGGUCCCCAGAUGUUUUUGGCCUACAACUCCCAUGAUCCCUAGCUCACAGGAGUAGUGGUCAGGGAAGAUGGGAGUUAUAGGCCAAAAACAUCUGGGGACCCAAGGUUGAGAAAGGCGGUCCUAGGAGAUAAAAGAUUAGUGUGAUAUCCACUCGGUCAAGAGAGCCAGCAUGCCCAGAGAACCGCCUCCUCCAAUAGGUUCCUGCAGUCCCAGGGGUGGGCCAACCCCCUGCAAGCUCUGUACUCAAGUUUUGAGAAUGAAGAAUGUAAGGCUUUGCGCCCCCAACACCCUCCGUUAAUUCCCUCGUUGUCUAUUCACUCUGUGUGCCCUUCCUUGUCCUGUUUCGGGUUUAGUUCUUGUUCCUUUUUUUUUUAAUGCUGACACUCUUGAAAUCAAGAUGCAAAUGUCAAAACAGACAAACCAGGAGAUGGAUUUCAAUUGCCAGCCCUCCCACCAAACUAAUAAAAUGUUGUCACUUCUCUAACCCCA